UUCUCCCAGUUAAUGCCGAGAGGCUCUGUAGUCUCAGUCCCGAAAUUGGCGCUGGCGGGCCGGGCCUCCGUGGUGAGCGGGUGUCGCCGGGCGGGAGAGGAGCAGGAUCGCCCUGCACCGACCCAUCCUACUUGCGGAGCCACGAGGGAACAAUACUCCUGUGGGCACUGGGAAGAGACUCAGAAGCUCUGGCGACUUGGAGAUUAAAUGGUGCAUGACCAGUGCUGGGCAUCCCCCGCUGAACAGAGAGGAUGACUGCCGAAUUGAAGAGGACCAUGGCCCGAGCCUCCUGGGGCCCAGUGAAGGUGGAAAAGGACAGGGACGAUGGUGAAAGUGUGAGCGCAUCCAGUCGACAAGUGUACACUGAGAACGUCAAGGUCUGGGCCCCAGGGGAAGGUCCUUUUUUAAGCAUUGAUGUAUCUGAAGAGGAGGGAAAGGGUCAGAAAAUGUUCUGGGACAUGGCACUGGUCCUAAAAGCAACACAGGAGGCUGCUGCUGCCGCUUCUGCUGCUGCACCCCUUGGGGGCUACUCAUUACCAGGGACUCUGGCCAAGAGUGAGAUCCUGGAGCCUCAUGGGAUCCCAACCCCGCUAGGUACUGAAGCCAAGAACCUACAGCUAUUGGUUCCUAAAACAGAGAUUUGUGGUGAAGCAGAAGAGCCCCCUGUGGUUUUAGGAACAAUCCAGAAAGGUGACCUUCAAGGACCUGAGCUAGGAGAAUCUUAUGAAAAGGGAAAUGUGUUAAAAAGACAGAAAAUAAAGAGGGAAAAACAAGAUAUAAGAAAAGUGACAAUGAAAGACUCUCCAUUGUCUGAGAGCUUCCGAGAGGACGAAGACCAGAAAUCUAAGUCCAGGAGGAAAUACUGCCUUAGCUCUGACCCAGCCAAAAGUCAGAAAAUACAGCCCGGGCUGAAGCCUUUUACAUGUAGUGAGUGUGGGAAAGGCUUUAGUCAGAGUGCAAAUCUUGUUGUGCACCAGCGAAUCCACACUGGGGAGAAACCCUUUGAGUGCCACGAGUGUGGGAAGGCCUUCAUCCAGAGUGCAAACCUUGUUGUGCACCAGAGGAUCCACACUGGGCAGAAACCUUAUGUUUGUGCAAAAUGUGGGAAGGCUUUCACUCAGAGUUCAAAUCUGACCGUACAUCAGAAAAUCCACUCCUUAGAAAAAACUUUUAAGUGUGGUGAAUGUGAGAAAGCCUUCAGUUACAGCUCGCAGCUUGCUCGGCACCAGAAGGUCCAUAUAACCGAGAAAUGCUACGAAUGUGACAAAUGUGGGAAGACAUUCACUAGAAGCUCCAACCUGAUUGUCCAUCAGAGGAUCCAUACCGGGGAGAAGCCUUUCGCCUGUAACGAGUGUGGCAAAGCUUUCACCCAGAGUGCAAACCUUAUUGUGCAUCAGCGAAGCCAUACUGGGGAGAAGCCAUAUGAGUGUAAAGACUGUGGGAAAGCCUUUAGUUGUUUCUCUCACCUCAUUGUCCAUCAGAGAAUCCACACUGCAGAGAAACCGUACGACUGCAGUGAAUGUGGAAAGGCCUUCAGUCAACUCUCUUGCCUUAUUGUCCACCAGAGAAUUCACAGUGGAGAUCUCCCUUAUGUGUGUAACGAGUGUGGGAAGGCCUUCACUUGUAGCUCAUACCUGCUCAUUCAUCAGAGAAUCCACAAUGGGGAGAAACCUUAUACAUGUAACGAAUGUGGGAAGGCCUUCAGACAGAGGUCGAGCCUCACUGUCCACCAGCGAACCCACACGGGGGAGAAGCCCUAUGAAUGCGCCAAGUGUGGCGCAGCUUUCAUUUCUAACUCACACCUCAUGCGACACCACAGAACCCAUCUUGUUGAGUAGCGAGGAAGAGGAUGUUUCUCUGCUGUUGGUCAUAGCCUACUGCUCCCAAUAGUAGGCACCUCUGUUCAGCUUUAUUCUUCCUUUAUUAAAACAGCCUAUACCCUUUAAAGUUAUUUUUCUGGAAGGGAAAGUAAACACAAGCAUUUCAGAGACUAAUUUAAAGAAAAUAAAACUUAAACAUCUAAGAGCCAAGGACUUCGUUUUAACCGUACCCUAAGCAGUCAUGCUUCCUGAAAUGGAAUGUGGGUCUGUUUUUUUUCUCUGCCUGUACUCACUGGUCCCAAUCCUGCUAAGCUGAGGUUAGAUGAAAUCAAGCAUUGUGGGUGGUAUGGGAACAGACGGGUGUGGCUUUUAUAGAAAUGGGUCCUGAUGAGCAUAUAUAGAAUGAGAUUGUUCAGGGAAAGGUUGUUGCUCAGUACUCCUUUUUUGUUGUUGUUUUUUUUGUUUUUCGAGACAGGGUUUCUCUAUGGUUUUGGAGCCUGUCCUGGAAUUAGCUCUGUAGACCAGGCUGGUCUCGAACUCACAGAGAUCCGCCUGCCUCUGCCUCCCGAGGCAUGCGCCACCAUCGCCCGGCUCAGUACUCCUUUUUUUAAAAUUAUGAAUCAAUUGAGCAAUAAGCAAAUUGUCCUGGCUGAAUUCUGGAGCUUUGAACUUUAUGUCUGUCUAGUAUUGAGUGAAGCAACGAGUCAUCACCUGACAUAGCAUUUGGCAACUCCACUGUAAACAUUUCAUACGCUUUCCCAUUCCUGAAGUCUUAAAAAAAAAAAAAAAGAAAGAAAAAGAAAAGAAACCAAACACAAGCCCUUAACAACUUGUUCCUUUGAAGUGACAGGAAGUAGAAAACAGCCUUUUUCCUUACUGUCUGUACCUCCCAGACCUAACAUUACAAAGCUCUGGGACCUCUGACAUGUCUGUCCUAAAUGGCCAGGUGGUCAGGGGCUGAUGGAGACAGCUAAUUCCAGCUACUUUGAUUUACUAAGAUUGAGGACCGUCCCUAAACGGCUCUACUCCCCAAAUUCCUAUAAUAUUCAUUUGGGUGAGGUGCUGCUAACAUUCCCCAGUAAGGAGUCAGUACUGCUUGUUGAGAGACAUGCCCAGGUUGUCUCUGUCUCCUCCCCAGGUUGAGCAAGUUUCAGUGGGUUUCAUUCUCAUAUUCUGGAUGGUAUUUAGAAAAAGUAGAAAAUACCAGUUUUGAGAACUACAAAACAGAGGAGGCACAGUGGGAUUCCUAUGAUUUUAAUUUAAUCUUUGAGGAUUUUUUUAUUUUAUUUUAAAGUGAAGACACAGAUGAAGAAACUGGCUGGAACUAGAGCUCAUGGAUGGAGUACUUGCCUAGCAUGUAUGCAGACCUUGGUUGUGAUCCACAGCACUGAAAAAGUGCUCUCCUGAAAUGAGAUGACAGCUGGUAUUUGUACUAUUCAAACAUUUUUUUUUUUUUUUUGGUUUUUUGAGACAGGGUUUCUUCUCUGUAGCUUUGGUGCCUGCCUGGAACUCACAGAGAUCUGUUUGCCUCUGCCUCUUGAGUACUGGGAUUAAAGGUGUGCACCACCACCGCCUUGCAACUAUUAAGACCCUUAAUGCCUUGACUUCAUAACAUGUACUAAUGUUCAUUUGUUAUGCAUGAUUGUGUUGUGGCUGUAGAAAUCCCUAUGUUGAGAAAAGAUACAGAGAUAAUUCUAAUACAUACUUACCUAAACUAAAAGUAAAGUCAAGGGAUUAUGAUAAUCUAGGUUACUUUCAAAUUUUCUAUUGUCAGGACCUCAGAAUUUUUUUAUACUCUGGAAGAAAUUAAAAUGUACAGUCAAAAUUAUAAGAUUGUAGUCAGAUAAAGCCUGUGCGCCAAAAUGGAUGUAAUUAGAGGUGACAGAUGACAAGUGCUCAAUAAAAUGACAUUUCAUCGGCUGCACUAGAUGCCCUUCAGGGCCUUUAAAUCACAUAGGCAGAUUCUGUGACCUAAUUUACUUUAUCAAGUUUUACAUAACAUUUUUAUGUUUGUAGUGUGACUUUAUAUUUCAGCUUGUAUUUUAACUCCAAAUCUGAGUUUUUUAGAAACUCCAGGGUCAGGAUCUUUCUUUGAUCCUGACCAAAUCACAUGAGGUAGUGAAUUCCUAUCUAUCUGUUCACUGUCCAGCUAAUAACAACUCUUCCCAGUUCAGUUACUGCCCUCAAGUCAUAAUCUGUUUUCCUUAGUGUUUAGUAGGGCAGAAGGGCCGCCCUUGUCAAAGCUGGCAUGAGUAUUCCUGUUGCAUUGGGUCAUGGCCCUCUCCCUUGGCUAGUUCUGGGGAAAGUGGUUGAAAACGCCAAGAUCAGCACUCGGGAGGCAGAGGCAGGCGGAUUCCUGUGAGUUCAAGGCCAGCCUGGUCUCCAAGACCUAGUUCCAGGAUAGAAUCCAAAGCUACAAAGAAACCCUGUCUCAAAACAACAAAAAACCUGCCAAGAUCCCAUUUCCACAGUUGUUGGGAUAGGAAAGAACUUUCUGCCAGGCCUGGCGAUUAGCUUAGCUUUAAGAGUAAAGCCAGGUGGAGGCUGCAGAGAGAGAUGGCUUAGUUGGUAAAGUGCUGUCUGCAAGCCUGGGGACCUUAGAUUCAAUUACAAGUGGGGCUGGAGUCAGGUGGUGCUGGGGCAUACCUUUAAUCUCUCUGAGUUCGAGGCCAGCAUGGUCUACAGGGUGAGUUCCAGGACAGCCAGGGCUACACAGAGAACCCUGUCUCGGGGGAGGAAAAAACCAUGGAGCUAGAGAAACAACUCACUUUAUGCUGUUGUGCAGGACCUAGGUUUAGCUCCCAGCACCUACAUUUGGCUCAGUCACCUUUAUCUCCAGCUUCAGAAAAGAAACUUAAGAAAUGUAAAAGAAAAUGUUUUGAGGUCCAAAAACAAAAUCAGUUUUGGGUUGGUAAUACAAGUUAGGAGAGAAAGUGAAUUAGGUACAAAACUUUAGACUCCCCAAGAUAGGGUAAGUUAAUACCUUUCCUGUCUAUGUAGACAGUACCUGAUAACUGUUUUCAUUGUAUACAGCUUUAUUGUGUUAAGAGUUAAAAACCUUUCCUUUUUCUUUGGACAAAGAGGGAAAUGUUUUGGAACACUUUGAAGACAUGUCACUCGGAUUGGUUUAAUAAAAAGCUGAAUGGCCGAUAGCUAGGCAGGAUUUUCGGGGCAGAGAGGAUGCUGGGAAGAAGGGUGGAGUCGUGAGAAGACAGAGGAAGCAUGACAUUGAGAUGAGGUAACAAGCCGUGAGCCAUGUGGCAGCACAUA